AUGGCUCUGCCACCUAGCGACAGGCCGCCCGGCGCGGCGAAGCAGGCAUACCACGACGACGACGGCCAGUUUGCACAGCACGAUCACUCACCCGUGGCGAACGGCCGGACAGACCUUAGCACACGGCCGCACGAGCAGGAGAAUGCUGCCGCUUUGGCACCCCAAGAUCGAUCGAGACCCUCGGUCGAGGCCACGAAUGAGGGUGGUAGCAAAGACAGGUCCAAGUCAAAUGGUCGACGGCCCAGCGGACAGCAGAGAUCGUGUGGGAAGUGCCAGCGGCAUCUCACUGGACAGUUCGUGAGAGCGCUGGGGGACACAUAUCAUUUGGAGUGCUUUACAUGUCACGACUGUGGCAAGAUCGUAGCCUCCAAGUUCUUUCCGGUGCCAGACCAACCGCCGGGCCAGUAUCCACUGUGCGAGACCGACUAUUUUCGACGGCUCGAUCUACUCUGCUUUGCCUGUGGUGGAGCUCUGAGAGGAUCAUACAUCACAGCACUGGAUCGAAAAUACCACAUUGAGCACUUCACAUGCUCAGUGUGUCCCACAGUUUUCGGCGCACAAGACUCGUACUAUGAACAUGAGGGCAGCGUGUACUGCCACUAUCACUAUUCCACCAAGUUUGCACAGAAAUGUAAUGGCUGUCAAACAGCCAUUCUGAAGCAGUUUGUGGAGAUAUUCCGGAAUGGUGUGAAUCAGCAUUGGCAUCCUGAGUGCUACAUGAUUCACAAAUACUGGAACGUACGACUACAUGCACCGCCGCCGAAGGGUUCUGAGGAAGAGCAAGCGCUCGAGCGACUAAGGAUAGAUCGCGACACAGGCGAAGGCGAUGCCAGUGAAAAUGAGAGGCAGGUCGUCAAGAACGAAGAAGAAGCAGUCGAGUACAAAGUCCACUGGAUAUGGCACACACUAUCGACCUUCGAGGAACGUUCAGCCACAUGCAUAUCGGACAUGUUGCUGCAUGUCAGUAACGGAGCGUACAUGGACGGUGUCGUGGCGGCCAAGAAAUUCAUCACUCACGUCGAUCUUCUUUUCGGCGCAGCAGACGUUCUCGAUCACCGACUUCACGUUCGACCCAACAGGAACGCAGAUGGCGUCCGGACCUUUGAAGCCAUUGUGCACCCCGGACUCAGCUACAGCAGAGAGGCAAAGCUUCUUUGCAAGAAAGUCGUGGCGUUCUUCCAACUGCUCGCAGAGAAUCAAGAUAACGGCGUACGACGGCUUGGCGUCACUCAAGAGCUGCUAUCGCUGGUGACUGGACUGGCGCAUUACUUGAAGUUGAUGAUCAGAAUCUGCUUGUCUGGCGCUCUGAAGCUGGAACGUGAGACCGCGAGUGCGGAAGGCUUGGAGAGCUUCCUCGAGGAUAUCAGCAAGCUCGAGGACCGCUUGCAGUCGGAAAGCCAGAGAGACUCCAAGGCUGACGCCGAAUUGUACGUCGACAAAAGUGCAGACACUUGUGUCGUGUGUGGCAAAGCUGUCGAGGACAAGUGCUUCCGGCGGGACAAUCGAGUCCUCCAUACACAAUGCGUCAGCUGCUCGAAGUGCGGUAAAGACUUGAGCGACGACCCAGGCGAGGCUCGGUGGAGUGAACAGACCCAGCGAGUAUGGUGUUCGAUCCACGCUCCUUCUGAUUCGAGAGCCGGCGGAUUUGUGCCCAUCACACGGUUGCAGCAAUAUGUGCAUCUACUCAGGGUGGCUCACGCAAGGCUUUUGGCAACGCUGAGGACCAGCGGCGCACUCCCGCACACAAGUGAUGACCCCAAUCUUGCAGGAUACGACUCACGAGAAGGGCAUACACCCUCGAACGAAGGCCAGCCUCCCCUUUUACGCUCCAACACGAGAUCCAGAUCGUACGCUGGCAGGUCUGGAGCACAAAAAAAUCAAGGCGAUCAGAGCUACGAAGAUACAAUGGGAGAUGUUCGACGUCUGAGAAGCACACGAAUGGACAAGCACCUUUCGAAUGCAACCAAGAAAGCCCGGACAUCGAGAAUCAUUGACGGGCCCGAGGGUAUGAGGCCUGGCUCUGCAGAUGGUGGCAAUGGCCGAAGAAGGACUGGCACGUUCCAGAUUGUCGAGGAUCGAGACGCUAACGGCGAGGCUCUGAACCACUUGGCUUUUGGCAAGAACGACGCCAUGACCCUCGAUGACAUUCCCAGGAUAGUGCAGGCUCAGCAGACGAGAGAACAAAGACCGAACGCUUCCAGGUUCGCAAGGCAGCCCAUGAUACCGCACGAGCCAAGACCCAAGUUGAUCAAUGGCCACACUCGGGAAUGGUCUGGCGAUGGCAAUGAGCGCAUGGAGACUCGUCCACCUGGUACGAAGAAAUAUUUCUCUGAGCUGACGGCUCUGGAGUACUUUAUUGUUCGACACGUUGCUGUUCUGUCGAUGGAGCCACUACUCGAAGGCCACUUCAACCAGGAAGAGCUGCUUGAGCUUAUAGAAAGCAAGCGUCCCACUUUCUGGAGCAAGUUCGGCAAAGCGUUCCAGGGUAAGGAGAAGAAGGAGAAGAGACCGAAGACCGCCAUCUUCGGCAUACCUCUGGACCAAAUCAUUGAGCGCGAUUAUGAAGAAAGCACCGAUGGCGUUGGUCCCGGGUCGUUGAAAAUCCCGUCCCUGGUGCAAGAGUGCAUUACAGCAAUGCGCACUAUGGACAUGUCAGUCGAAGGAGUUUUCCGGAAGAACGGCAACAUUAAGCGGCUCAACGAUGUCAAAGAGGAGAUUGACAACAAGGGUGCUGUUGAUGUCGACCUGUCGAAGGAGAAUCCAGUUCAGGUGGCUGCGCUGCUGAAGAAGUUCCUCCGCGAAUUACCGGACCCGCUUCUUACACACAAGCUGCACGAUCUCUGGAUUACCUCACAAAAGAUUGACGACAGUGAUCGAAGGCGAAGGCUGCUGCAUCUGACUUGUUGUCUGCUGCCCAAGUCCCACAGAGACACCAUGGAAGUGCUCUUCACAUUCCUGCAAUGGGUUUCUAGCUUCAGUCAUGUUGACGAGGAGAGCGGAAGCAAGAUGGACAUUCACAACCUGGCGACCGUCAUCACACCGAACAUUCUGCAUCGUGGCAAAGAUCAUGUACCUGUUGAUGACAGCUUCUUGGCCAUUGAAGCUGUCCACAGCUUGAUCGAGUGCAACGAAGCCAUGUGUGAGGUUCCCGAAGAUCUCGCCAUGAUCUUGAACGACUCUUCUCUCUUCAGCAACAGUGCCGACAUCACCACUAAGGAAAUCCUGAAAAGAUAUGGCGACCGUGCCAAAGCACCAACAGUCAACAGUGCACAGCCAACAAUAGCAGCAGUCCACAACGGAGCGACAUCGCCGCCCUCUUCCGCUCCUGUCGUAACCCGCGUGGACACGGACCCGUACCAACAGAGUGCCUGGCAGAACGAAAGCUCAGUCAGACACGUCGGUGGAGACCCAAUGACCCCACCCAAUCUGCCUUAUGUGAAUCCCAGCGCGAGUACAGAGUGUCAUGGCAGUCCGAACAGGGGCAGCGUACGGUCAGGAAUCUACGACAAACAGCGAGCCAUGGGCGUGGCAUGA